AGCUUUCUCAGUGAAAUCCUCCUGUCGUGUUACCCUGAUGUGGGCAGCGGAGUCAAUUGGUUCCGAAUCGUUUCACAACCCUGGAUGACGUAAUCGCGAACUUGAAUUGGGCAAUCCGUGAGACAACCUCAAACGACCUGCCAAAAACACCCCGCGGCCGUACUGUGUAUGCGCGCGAUGAGGAGUGCUCUCGACGGAUUGUAGUAUGACUCAUACGGAGUAAAGAAGCCGCAUAUAUAACUUCGCCGCUCAAUUGGAGUCGCGUCGUUGUUUUCACCCCAGCCUCAACCAUUUAGGCAUUCCUAACUAGUUUCCUCUACCACAGCCUUCACCAUGACUACCUCUGGGGAAUACGAGCGAGACGAUCGCUGGACCGCCGUCGACACCUACUCCUUCAGCCAUCUCCACCCGCAGCACAAAGCCGAACCCUCCCACGAAACGCUCGAGCAUGCGCUAUCCACUUCCAAAGAGGCGGGUCUGCCCGACAUCGCCGUUUCCCCUUCGCAAGGGAAAUACCUCAAGCUCCAGGCUCAGCUGGUCAGAGCGAAGAACAUCUUGGAAGUAGGGACGCUGGGCGGAUACUCUACAAUUUGGCUGGCAAGCUCUGGCCCUGAUGUCAAAGUCCUCAGCAUCGAGGUGGAUCAGCAUCAUGCUGAAGUCGCACGACGAAACAUUGCUCAUGCUGGCUAUGAGAAUCGGGUGGAGGUCCGCCUUGGUGCGGGUGUAGACGUGUUGCGGGAGGUUGUUGAGGAAGUCAGAGCUGGGAAGAGGGAAAAGUUCGAUUUGGUAUUCAUUGAUGCAGAUAAGGAGAACAACUGGAACUACGUCGAUGCAGCUGCAGGCAUUUCCAAUAAGGGCGCAGCAAUCAUCGUCGACAAUGUGGUGCGGAAAGGCCGCGUUGCGAAUCCGGAUAGCGGUGAUUCCAGGAUUGAAGGAACUCGAAGGGUGAUCGAGAACAUUGGUACGGAUGACAGGUUGGAUGGUGUUGUGCUGCAGACUGUGGGGGAGAAGGAUUACGAUGGUUUCUUGCUCUCCAUUGUCAAAUAGGCUUGAUGAUUUAUUGGUCUUGCAGACCUUCCCCGUCCUCUGAUCGGGGAAGUACAGACCGACGGCAUCAAUAAACCGUGACGUUAGAAAGAUGUGAAAGAUAUAACAUGCAUGAGAAACGAGUUCAGAAGUU